AUGUACACGAUCGCUAGCAAUGGGUGUUCUGGUGGCUUGGUCAUGGCUUGGAGGAGUGAUCGUGUUCGAAUCUCUGUGCUGUCUAGCAACAAACACUUUAUUCAUGCUCGUUGUGAUUUUGAAGGAUUUCCCAGUUUUCUUUUGACUGCAGUUUAUGUGAUCCCCCACUCAAAUUUACGGCAGGCCCUCUGGAAUGAUUUGAAAGUUUUAUCUACUGAUAUCUCUGAACCAUGGGUUGUUUAUGGAGAUUUUAAUGAUAUCGCUGAUGCUUCUGAAAGGGUGGGUGGUCGUAUUGCAAGUCAAAACAGAAUCAAGUGGUUCAAUGAUCGGAUAAUUGAUUGCUGUUUGAACGAUUUGAAUUUUAAGGGUCCUAAGUUUACUUGGAAAGGACGAAAGAUGGCGGGCUGUGCAAGGAUGUUUGAACGUCUUGAUCGGGCCUUAGGGAAUGCUCAAUUCAUGGAUUCUUUCAAUAAUUAUUUGGUCAAGGUAUGCUCUCAGACUGCUUUCUCUGACCAUAAUCCAUUGUCUCUAUUUUUAGAUGCUGCUAGUAUGGCUUUCAGAGGUAUUAAACCUUUUAGGUUUGAAGCAAUGUGGAUUGAACAUGGAAAUUUCCUGGAGGAAGUUUUUGGCCUUGUGGAAAAGAAAAAGAGAAACAUCCUUAAUAGACUUAAAGGUAUUCAGCAAUCCCAAGCUUAUCCGUUUUCCAGCUUUCUAUCUAAACUCGAGCUAGAACUCCAAGCUGAAUUGGAAUUUAUUUUGAAAUUAGAGGAAGUCAAAUGGUUUCAAAAAGCCCGGUCAAAUUGGAUAACUAAACGAGAUAGGAACACCCGUUAUUAUCACCUUAAGACCCAUAGAAGAAGGAAGUGGAAUAGAAUUGUUUCUCUGAAAAAUGACCAGGGUGUUUGGAUACAUGACAAUGCUGAUCUCAAAUCUCUGGUUGUGAGUUAUUUUAAAAAGUUGUAUUCUGUGGAUGAUAUUGGCAAUUCAAAUGUGCAAACUGUUAUCAAUUUCCCCAGAGUAGAAAAGGAAUUGUUAGAUUCUAUGGGUUUUAUGCCGAAUGAUAAGGAAAUUAAAGAUGCAAUAUUUGAUAUGGGUCCUUAUAAAGCACCAGGAUUUGAUGGGUUUUCCCCUAUUUUCUUUCAAUAUAAUUGGGAAACAGUGGGUCCAUUUGUCUGUAAAUUUGUUAAAGGGGUUUUUCAAGGCAAUCUGAGACUUGAUGAUUCUAAUAAGACAUUGAUUUCUCUUAUACCGAAAAGGGAAAAUCCUGAAGUGAUCACUCAUUUUAGACAGAUCUCUCUGUGUUCAGUUCACUAUAAAUGCAUUACUAAAAUUAUUGCUAAUCGUCUUAAAGUUGUGAUGGAUGAUUUGGUGUCCCCUUAUCAAGCCAGCUUUAUUAAAAGAAGGCAUAUUCAAGAUAAUAUCAUUAUUGGGCAAGAACUUCUGCAUGUGAUGAGCAAGGCAAAAGGGAAGACUAGUUUGUGGCUUUAA